AUGUCCGAUACUGUUAUGGAGCCACCCAGAAGGAGGUCUUCAUCAACAGUAGAAACCACGAGCUCAAUUUGGCAAGACGCCGAGAUCCGAUUCGAUCUGUCCAGUGGCGCGUUAAAACUAAGAAGGGGUGAGCACGAGAUCGAUACGAUUAACGCUGUUGAAGACACUAAAGGAAAUAACGGCGAUCGCGGCGUGAUGAUUGUGACCAACUUGAGAGUAAUGUGGGUGACCGCAAAAAAUAAAUCUCGAGCAAACCUCUCUAUCGGUUGGAAGUGUGUGCAAGACAUUAACGUCAAGAUGGUCAACAGCAAGUUGCGGGGUGAUACCCAAGCGGUGUUCAUAAUGACGAAGUACGCCGGGCAGAGGUUUGAGUUUAUCUUCACUUCGUUGGUUUAUUAUUCACCUCGUAUUUUCACCACGAUUCAAUCUGUGUAUAAAGCGUACGACACGUCACGCCUCUAUCGAGAGCUCACUCUAAGAGCCUCCAUCGUGCGCGAGCAAGAACUCGUUCUGCUGCCGGGCGAAAAAAUGUACGACACAAUUGCCGGAGUGUGGAACCUCUCAACUGAUCAAGGCAACCUCGGCACCAUGGUCAUCACUAAUGUGCGCGCGGUGUGGUACGCCGCUUUGGCCGAGUCAUUCAACGUAUCGAUGCCCUAUAUACAGAUCCGCUCGGUGUCGUUGAAAAACUCUAAAUUCGGCAAGGCAUUGGUUGUGAAUACCUUUCGAGGAGCUGGAGCGUAUGUCUUGGGUUUCCGUCUGGACCCCAUAGAAGAACUCAAAAGAAUGCAUCAACAACUUGAAAAGAUUCAUCAGCUUUUUGCAGAGUCGCCGAUUUUCGGAGUCGAAGUGUCGAUUGAAAAGCCAAUUGGAGGACAGAAUGUUAAUCAUGGAGGUGCUGGCCAGCUGCUAGCGACCCCAGCGCCGCUACAACGGUUCGAAGAAGACGUGGAAAUCGACGAGGAGAUUGGUUUUGAGAAGCUCCUUGAUCGCGUUGGGUCGGCGCCCGAGCAAGAGGGCGAUCCUAGUAUGCUGUAUCAUCCUGAUGGCGAGCUCGACGGGUAUAGGUAG